GUCACAUCGUCAUGUCCCUGUACCCUACAUGCUGCACCUACACCCAGGACCGACGGUAACUGAGGUGGAGGAGAAAGGAGGGCCUGAGAUGGCAAGUCUGUCCUCAGUGGUUCCUGUGUCCUUCAUUUCCACUCUGCGAGAGUCUGUGCUGGACACUGGAGUUGGUGGAGAAGGAGCCAGUGACAGGCAGAGGAGCAAACUGUCUUUAUCGCACUCCAUGAUCCCAGCUGCUAAAGUCCACAUUGAGCUCUGCUUACCAGCCUUCUUCUCUCUUGCUGGAACCUCCUCUGGGUUCCAGCAGCCUCAGCACCACCUGACACUGUCUAUCAUCCACACUGCAGCAAGGUGA